GCUCGCGUCCCUGUGGGCAGUUCCGUGGCGGUGGCUCCAGAAACUACGGAGUGGCGCACGCAAUCUGUGCAGCUGGAGACAGCUGCGAAUGCCACGGAUGCUUUCCUUCAGGGCACUGCGGCUAUCUGCGAUGCGGUGGAUGUGCGGUUCGGCCUGGAGCACACGCACUUCCGUAGACUCGAGGAGAAGCAUGAGCACAAGGAGGAACACGACAUUUCGGAGGAGCUGAAGGCUGCAAAGAAGUUGGCCGGCAAACGGGUGGCCUACGUGUCCCCGAGUUGCUCGUGGAUGGUCCGGCGACGGUGCUUUCACACGGUGAUGGCCAUGCCUCAGCACGCCGAACGCUAUUUCUCCUCGUUUUGCGUUGAGAAGGGCGCUACAACAUUUCAUUGCCGAUCGGUUCCACGUACUGGAGUAGAAGACGGUCCUGACCAGCUGCGGAGGCUGACGGCCACUGCCGAGAUUCCGGGUCUGUCCGAUUUUACCCGCCUGAUCUCAGCAUCUUCCGCGCAGUCGGGUGCGGGAACAGAGGCAUCUGCUCUGUCUGAUAACAUGGAGGACGAGCCAGACGACGAAAAGGCAAGAAGUUCGCCCGUUCUGAUAGCAACACGUGCAGUCACCACUGGACGGCAUGAGUUCUUGUUCCGGAUCCUGUUGGCACGGCCCACUCCAAUCAAGGCAGGCGAAGCACUGGACACUAAAGACGUCGCGGAGGCUUUUUCUGCUGUCUUCAAGCUGGGGGUUGGCGUUUUUGCAAAUCCUGCCUACUCCACCAUUCGUCCUGCGGGAGCUUGGGACACAAGCCUGUUUGAUCAACAGUUCGUGAUCCCCUUGGCCAAUGGUGAGACAAGUCCGCACACGACACCCGCCGGUGUCUUGUCUGACAUUGCAUGGCUCCGACAAGAGCAGCUGCUGGGCGCCAUCACGCAAUGUGAGAUACCUGAUGAAUGGCCGGCUGGUGGCCUGUUUGACAUCUUCGUGCUUGCGGUCCUUGAGCCGAUGCAGAAAGCGCUCAGUGUCGCUGUGGAUGCAGGUUUUACAAAGCCUUUUGGAUGCGAGGAGACUGAGGAGAUCGAGGUUGCCCGGGAAGCGCAGGUCUGGGAGGGAAAAAGAUGCAAGGUUGCGGCCGCGCCAAAGAUUGUCCCGAUGGUUCCAACACGAUUCGUGCAGACCAGGCAGUUUUUGAGGCGGUGGAGGUUCGAAGAAGUGCUGAAGCAAGACCUCAAAUCUGGCAUUGCGCUUGCCAAUGUCAUGAGAUCGUCAGGACCCAGCCCUUUAUUUGUGCCGGUGGUGGAGGUUGAUACCAUGGCCUUAAGCUGCAUCGGCGGCGAAGGAGGAUUUUUGGCGCAAGUGUGGAUAACUAGUUGUGUGAUAUAUGUUUAA